GAUAAUUAUUUCUAAAAAUUUGUAAUAUUAAAAUUUCGGCAUAGUUUGGCAAUGGAAACAAUAUUGGGCAUCAAGGGCGAAAAAUGCGUAUUGCUUGCUUGUGAUACAAUGCAAGCCAAGUCUGUAGUUUUUAUGAAAGAUGAUCAGCCGAAAGUUCAUCGCCUAUCGGAUUUCGCCAUGUUGGCCGCUGUGGGUGACGGUGGAGACACUCUACAGUUUACUGACUAUAUAGCCAAACAUCUGCAGCAUUAUAAAAUAAGCAAUGGGUAUCAUCUGAGCGCACGUGCGGCAGCCCAUUAUACGCGAAAGAAUCUGGCGGAUUAUAUAAGAACGCGCACCAGGUAUCAAGUAUCCAUGCUGCUGGCUGGUUACGACGCAGUCGAGGGACCCGAUCUGCAUUACAUAGACUCGUAUGGCGCUUCGCAGUGCAUAAAUCACGCCGGCCAUGGGCUGGGCAGUUUGUUCUGUGGCAGCAUCUUUCAGCGAUAUUGGAGAAAGGAUCUCAAUCAGGAUGAGGCCUACGAGAUACUCACUAUGUGUGUGGCCGAGAUACAAAAGCGUUUGGUUAUCAAUCUGCGCAACUUUGAUGUGUUUGCUGUGGAUGAGAGUGGCACGCAUCAGCUGGCGUCCAUUAAUCCUAGCUCGGUUGGGAUGGAGAAUAUAAAGCUCUCGCUGCUGCCGUCGCUGUUGAACAUUUUUAAAUGAUAAAAUAUACGUUUCGCUCAGUUAGCUUGCUUAAUAA